AUGGAUUUCCAUCUGGUGCCCCGCGGAGAAGACCGCAACUACACCGGCUUCCUCACCAAAACAAUUGUCUACACGGCCUCGCUCAUAGUCUUCCUAGCCGCAUUCGCCCUCUCAAUAGCCUCAAUCGCAAUCCCCAACUGGGUCAGCUACCACAGCGAAAAGCCCUCGUACCACUACUCCUACGGGCUCCACCGACGCUGCUCCUCGCUCACAGACACCUGCGAGAGCUUCCCAAAGCGCGAAGACUGCAUCGGCGAGGACCGCUACUUUUGUUCCAUGUGGCGGUCCGUCGGGUUUAUGAUGUCGUUUGCGCUUGUGCUUGAGGGGAUGAGUGUCGUUGCGUAUUUGAUCAUACUUUCGGGAGGCAAGAGACUCAGGGAGAGUGGGUGGAAGAUUCUAAGUCUGCUCAUUGUGCUUUCGGCAGUUGUACAGGCGGCGAGUAUGUCUAUUGUGGCAUAUCUCUUUGACAACGAAGCGCGGUUUUUCGUCGGCUGGCAGCUUGAUCAGUCCUGGCUCUUUUGCACUGUGAGCUGGUGCGUGAGUAUCGUCUGCGCCGGCGCGUUGAUUCUUGCGGCUUACAGUCUCCCCUCGGAGGGAGGGUACGAGUUGAUUCCGGAUCACUCGUGA